AUGUUGGAUGUCACUGAGCAUGCUCAGUUCCUAGAUGAUUAUGGGAAAUCACCAUGGAGAUACACCAUGCAUACCCUAGAUGCCAUCUUGGAUCUGUUCAUAAGUAAAAAAUGGGGAUCACUGCUUGUUACAGGAUUUGACAUUUUUCAGAAGACAUGGUGUCAGAAGUGGGAUAUUUACAUUGAUACAGUAAUUAGUGCUGUGGACAAGAUGUGCAAUCAGGCAUUUGUGGAUAUUAAAACUGGACCUCUUGGGAAACAAAUUUCUUUCAAGAUAGACACUGGCGCACAGGUGAAUAUUUUACCUCAUUUUGCAUUGCAACAAUUAGGUGUAAAAACCGCACUCUGUUCCUCUGUAACGAAGCUCACAGGUUAUAAUGGCAACCCUUUAGUAUGUCUAGGUUCCAUUACCCUGCAGUGUACCCAUGAACCUUCUGCACAGACCAAGUAUGUAGAAUUUCAUGUAGUAGACACCCAGUCACCACCCUUGUUUGGUUUUCAGACUUCCAUAGAUUUUGGCCUAGUUAAACUCGCACAUGCUGUCACUUCCAAUUAUGUAUCCUUCCCGCUUAACAAAACAGCAGUGCUGAAUGAAUAUUCCCAGGUUUUUAAGGGCAUUGGCUCUAUUCCAGGGCAAUGUUCUAUUUAUCUGAAACAUGAUGCUAAACCUGUGGUUCAUCCUCCACGUAGGAUUCCUGUUGCAUUACGAGAUAAAUGCAAGAAGGAGCUAGAUAAGAUGGAGAAAUUGGGGGUCAUUACAAAAGUAAGUGAGCCUACUGAGUGGGUCAAUUCAAUGGUGACAGUACAGAAAAAAUCAGGUGACUUGCGAAUAGUACUUGAUCCGGGUGACUUGAACAGAAACAUUCAACGUCCUUAUCAUCCGACAAAAACACUGGAUGACAUACUUCCCCAGCUAAACGGUGCUACAUUUUUUACAAAAUUAGACGCUAGGUCAGGUUACUGGGCAAUGCAUUUGACAGAGAAGUCUUCCAUGUUGACUACAUUCAAUACCAUAUUUGGGAGGUACAGGUAUCUGAGGCUUCCAAUGGGUAUUUCGUCUGCCAUGGAUCUGUUCCAAAAGAAAAUAGACGAAAUAUUUGAGGGUCUCCCAGGGGUAGCUGCCAUAGUAGACGAUAUUUUAGUAUAUGGCAAAACAAGGGAGGAGCAUGAUGCGAAUUUGAGAGCAGUGCUCCAAAGGUCACUAGAACAAGGUAUACGCCUUAAUCCAGAUAAGCUGGAGGUUGGGCAGUCCCAGAUUAGUUAUUUCGGUCAUGUGAUAUCUAAACAAGGUCUUAGCCCAGAUCCAGACAAGGUGUCUGCAAUUCGAGAAAUGCCUAUCCCGGAAAAUAGGUCACAACUCGAAACGGUACUUGGCAUGAGUCAGUAUCUCGCUAGAUAUGCACCUAGGCUAUCUGAGGUCACUUUGCCCUUACGAGAAUUAUUGGCGAAAGAUGUAGAAUUUCUCUGGGGUGAAUCACAGCAGCAAGCUUAUGAUCAGAUGAUUGAUAUCAUAACGCAAGCUCCUGUCCUUGCUUUCUAUGACCCGGCCAAACCCUUAGAGUUGCAAACCGACGCAAGUAGGUCAGGACUUGGGGCCACACUCCUUCAAGAAGGUAGACCUAUAGGUUAUGCCAGUAAAAGUCUUACGCCAAGCCAAAUGAACUAUGCUAUGAUUGAGUUAGAGUGUCUUGGACUGGUAUUUGGCUUGAAGAAAUUCCACCAGUGGGUGUAUGGAAAAAAAGUCAAAGUAGUUACAGACCACUUACCAUUGAUAGCUAUAUGUAAGAAACCCUUAUUUGCUGCACCUGUUAGGUUACAGCGGCUGCUCUUAAACAUUUCACAGUAUGAUAUAGAUGUCACUUAUAGGCAGGGAACUCAGAUUCCUUUACCAGAUACUUUGUCUAGAUUUCCGGUAAAGGAUACAGAUCCGUCCCUGACGGAAACUGUAGAAGUCCAGGUUAAUAUGGUCAAAAGAAGCUUACCGGUAAGUGACCGGAAAUUACAAGAAAUCAAGGUCAAUACUGACAGGGACGAACAACUUUUGUCCCUGAAGCAAGUCAUUAUUGAAGGUUGGCCAGAUGAAAGAAAUCACUGCAAGUCAGAACUGCUAGAUUUCUGGAAUUACAGGGAUGAGCUUACCGUCAUGGAUGGGAUAAUAAUGAAGGGUCACAAAAUUGUUAUUCCUCAAUCCCUAAAGGCAGACUUAUUGUCAAAACUACAUUCUUCAAGUCAUAUGGGAAUAGAGAAAACAAUAAGUAGAGCAAGUGAUAUUGUUUUCUGGCCUAGAAUCACCCAGGAAAUUAAAGAUCUCGUUCUGAAAUGUCCUGUAUGUUUGCAACAGAGACUCAAACCAGAAAGAACCGCUUGUCUACACCCAAGUUCCAGAAUACCCAUGGCAGGAAGUUGGCACAGACCUAUUUGA